AAACCAAGAGAUUUGAGGAGAAACGCGAAGCGCAUGCGCCGUCCGAAGGUUUUGCGUCGCGCAUCCAUGCCGCGGUGUGUUAGUUUGCGAGAGGAGGUGACUGCAGCAGGUGAGAGAGGAAAAGGGAGAGGGAAGACGAGCCGGCGACACUUUCCUGCGCCUCGACACGCACGGAAACACUUACGGUGUUGGGAAGACGCCGAUUCGGAGGCACAGCGGAGCCGCGGUGCACGCGCCGGAUCCGUGUGCGCUCGCCGAGCCGCACUUUUUGGAGGUAGUCCGCGCGGAACGUUUUUUUUUUUUUUUUUGGAGCGUACUGUUUGGAGUCAGUCACUUGUUGCAGUUGUUGUGUCGACCGUCGGAUGACGUGCCGCUUUUACCCGUGAAGACCCUUUAAUCCGAGCCGAGGAGUUGCCAGAGUCGUUUUAUCCCCGCGCAGAAUGGAAGGUAAAUUGACGAGUCGUUUGUGGCGAGGAGCGCCGCGCGGAUCGUUCCGCAGGUAAAACGAGCGAUGCCCGGAGCGCGUGAGCGGCUGGAUUAAAAGUUCUGAAGAACGUUCCUCUCGUUUAAAGGCGCGUUAGCGCUCCGAUAGAGCCAUUUUGCGUAGGGACCAUAGAAGUAGGCCGCCUUCAAUUACGAGACACUCGACUAAGUAGACGUUUCCGCCGGUGGCGUUCUGGGCUGCCGCAGAUGGUUUUAUUUGUUAAUAGUCACCGCAAAGUCACGCACUGGUUCGCAGAAAGGAGCUGAUCGUUUCCUUCCACCGUCUCUGGACAUUUUUUGCACCCCGCUGUUUCCUAUCAACCCUUUUAAGCUGCCUGGCGCAGGGAGCGCAUUCACUAAUUCCUGGGCGUCCCUGUUCAGCAACGCACUGAACUUGAAGAACUCUCCGCUUCAGAAGUUGACUUUCUUCACCCCGACCGAGCACUUUGGGAAAGACCCGGAUAAAACCACCUAGACUGGUGUUCGCUGCAGAAGAGGAGCACAUCUUAAAUCCACCUGGCCCUGCACUGGGAUUAUUGGUUUGAUAUCAUCUCAAAACAGUGGAUUACAACUUCUAGCGGGCGGCGCUUUCUGGUCAGCGGCAUCAUGAACCUGGGUCUGGGCUGCGUGCGGCGGCAGGUCUGCUGGCCCUUCGGCAGCGUGUUGGACUCCAGACACUGUGUCUUCGCCCUCACACUCCUCACGCUUCUGAUGCAGGUGGUGGUGGAGGCCAACUCUUGGUGGUCUCUGGCCAUGAACCCGCUGCUGAUCCCGGAGGCCUACAUCAUCGGGGCGCAGCCUCUGUGCAGCCAGCUGGUCGGCCUCUCGCAGGGCCAGAAGAAGCUGUGCCAGCUCUACCAGGACCACAUGCAGUACAUCGGCGAGGGCGCCAAGACGGGCAUCCGGGAGUGCCAGUACCAGUUCAGACACCGGCGCUGGAACUGCAGCACGGUGGACAACUCCUCCGUGUUCGGACGAGUUAUGCAGAUAGGCAGCCGCGAGACGGCGUUCACGUACGCCAUCAGCGCCGCGGGCGUGGUCAACGCCGUGAGCCGCGCCUGCAGGGAGGGGGAGCUGUCCAGCUGCGGCUGCAGCCGGGCGGCGCGGCCCAAGGACCUGCCCCGGGACUGGCUGUGGGGCGGCUGCGGGGACAACCUCAACUACGGCUACAGGUUCUCCAAGGAGUUCGUGGACGCCCGCGAGCGCGAGAAGAGCUACCCCAAAGUAUCGUACGAGAGCUCCAGGCUGCUGAUGAACCUUCACAACAACGAGGCUGGACGGAGGGCCGUGUCCGAACUGGCCCACGUCUCCUGCAAGUGCCACGGGGUCUCGGGCUCCUGCAGCCUGAAGACCUGCUGGUUGCAGCUGGCCGACUUCCGCAAGGUGGGCGACGCGCUGAAGGAGAAGUACGACAGCGCCGCCUCCAUGAAGCUCAACGCGCGCGGGAAGCUGGUGCAGGUGCACAACAAGUUCAACCCGCCCACCAGCCACGACCUGGUCUACAUCGAGUCCAGCCCGGACUACUGCCUGAGGAACCAGAGCACGGGCUCGCUGGGCACGGUGGGCCGCCUGUGCAACAAGACCUCGGAGGGCAUGGACGGCUGCGAGCUUAUGUGCUGCGGCCGCGGCUACGACCAGUACAAGGCCCAGAUCGUGGAGCGCUGCCACUGCAAGUUCCACUGGUGCUGCUACGUCAAGUGCAAGCGCUGCACCAAAAUCGUGGACCAGUUCGUCUGCAAGUGAGGAGCGGCGAGCGGCCCGUGUGAUAUUCAUGAGCAGCGGCGUGGAACACAGCGCGAGAAUGGAAGAAAGAAACUAUAUAAAUUAUAUUUAUAGAGUUAAACAAUUAUGCCGUUGCGAGACUGACUCUUUGUUUUUAUUUUUUAUUCAAAAAAAUCGUAUGUCUUCAGAAACUGAGAGUAUCGUGAAAUAUUUAUUUUGAGAUUAUGUUUUAUUUUGGCCAAGUCAACACCAGCCAAUGUAAUCCCCUCAAGUGCCUGAGAAUGGCUGGAAACCUUCCACAGUCCACGUGUGCCCCCCCCCCCCCCCCCCUUUUUUCUUUUUUUAUUUAAAAAAACAUCACUUUUCUUGUCAAAUGGGUCACGUUGAUUGCAGGAUUGGGCUGUACCUCCCGUUUCCUACCUCGAGUAGAGUUUGAUGUCCGUGGCGAAGCUGUCCAGCGCGACGCCCCGGUCCGUGGCCGCCGGGAGGGGAGCACCUGUCUGCUGCGGCGCCGGUGUGAUUUCACGGGCCCGCUCCCAAACCGGACCUUUGCGUCCCCCCACCACCCCCCUCCCCCCCGGAGUCGACCCGUGCUCAUCGCCUUAAAUGCCAGGAACGCGGCUGGUCGACGGGCCCGUGGAGGAGGGCGGUUCCAGAACCACGACCCGCGGGCCCAGCGCCGCCCGGGUGCUGCACCGAGCCCACCACCACAUGCACUUUGGUACUGAGGCGUCCACCGCCCUGUAUGUGUCUGACCGGCUGUUUGCUCUGUUCCUUUUUCCACGGUGUGUCAACAAAUAUAUCAACAUUAUAGCCUGAAUUCCUUUCCAUAUUAAUUCCAGAUUAUCAUCAUUUAACAUUAUUUUACAAUACUUAACACGGUUUGAAUAUAUAUGGGCAGUGUUGUGGUUACAAUGGUGAAAUAUCCAUGCUCUGUGUAUAUAGUAUGUAUAUCCAGCCAAUCAGUAAACUGUAUUUAUUUCCUGUAGCCAGAUCCUCCUUAAAGCAGCGCCAUCACAGAUCAGUACGUAGGCAGACGUCAGAUUCUGAAGUCACUGUGUAAACCUGUCACCUUUGUUCAUCACUAUGUGCCUGUUCACUGUUUUUGUAAAGGGAAAUGCACCUUAUUGUUCCAGAACACGAGUUCCUGUCACAGAUGUUCAGUUUUACUGUCGCACACACACACAUCUACGCGUCACAGGUGCUCAGUCGUUUCCUACACCACUCAGCCGACCGCUCACGUCCCUGUGAUGAUUCUCCAUAGACCAACCUAUUUCUAUAAGUCCAAUUAUGUAUAUUUAUAAGCUUCUCCAUGAAUUUGAGGUUUGUGUAAACUGUUCUAUAGCUGAUAUUUUGGUACUUUUUGCAAAUUGGCUCAGUGCUCUACUUUGUUUCAAUAAAUAUCAAAUGUAAUACAA